AUCUAAUCAGCGUGUUUCUCAUUAUUUUUCAUUAUUUUAUCACUGUAGUUAUUGAAUUAUAAAAAUAAGCUAAUGCUAUAGAACUAACUAUUUGUGUUUACAGCCAAGCAAGUUUUGGACAGCCUAAUGGAUGUUGAUAUUUUGCUUGACAAUAAAGAAUACUUGUAUGGUGAUGAUUUUCUUGAGCAGUUAACAAAAGACUACCAAUGGUCCUCAGUGUUGGAUGCAACGAAUGCGUCUCCGAGUGAGAUUCUAGCAGAUGCUGCAUCAUUCCUUAUUCCGCCAGUUUCACCAAUACAGAGCAUAAAAUCGUCUUCCAAUGAUAGUAGCAAUUCAGACUCGAGCAGUGAUGAUGACUCCAAAAACAGCUCCUCAAAUACCCCCAGAGAUUCCUCUGUGUCACCAUUUGACUGGAUCUCCAGUUUUGAAGAUGAACCUGCAAAUAAUUUGAAUUUAGAAGAUAUAGAACAGUUCCUACAGAAAUGUGAUUCGUCCAACGCCGUUCCGUCAUUGACUGUGCAGCCGCCAAAUGUCAGGCCGCCGGAAAACACCCAGGUGCGGCCGCACCACCGGCCGGUGGUCGCCAUCGAGAAUGGAGUCAUCAAAAUAGAGGGGAUCAAAUAUGAAAGUGCAGUCUUAAAUCAAAACUUCACGAAAACUCAACCCGUGGAUAGUAAUGCUUGUAAAGUAAAUGGACGCAUACCAAACACACCAAAUUAUUUCAAAGUAGUCAAUGAGCACAGCCUACCCAUAGUCAAAGAACAAGUUGUGAACAAACAAAUUAAGCUGGUAGUUGAUCAGAAGAAAGUACCCAGUUUGCUGCUGGAUCAAGCUAACAUUCCGGAAACCACGAAGGGGGGCAAGAUCGCCAUAUCUCCUUUACCUCAUAAAGUCAACUACCAAAGAAAGGUGUCGCCGCCUCGAAACAAUAUAGUAUUGUUGCCCGCGGUACCGAACGCAAGUCCAAACGGAGCAGUACAAAAACCAAUCACUACGGAUGAUAAUUCCCUAAGCUCUGUAGACUUAACUAAUUUAAGUGAGGAAGAAAUCAAAGCGUUGAAGAAACAGCAAAGGAUGAUUAAGAAUCGUGAAUCAGCGUGCCAAUCCCGUCAGAAGAAAAAAGACUACGUACUUUCCCUCCAGCACCAAUUGAUGGAAGCCCACAACGAGAUCGCGCAGCUGAGACGAGAGAACACCGAGCUCCGGAGCCAGCUGGCUCUCUGCCCCCCGAGGGGUCGCAAGAUCCCGCGUUUGGACGGCAGGGUCUUGAUACCUAAGAAGAACAUCGCCCUGUUGUGCGCUAUGGUGUUCAUGGUGUCGCUCAACUUCAACAUAUUAGGGUGGGGUUCUAAACCACUGGUGGGGCCCACUGGCACUCACGUCGGCACCAGACACUUAUUGUGGUCAGAAGGUAUCAAAGAAGUCCCCGAGCCAAGUCAGGUCGAUAAAGAAUUUGAAGACGCCUCAAACCAGAGCGCCUACAGUCCAGACUGUCAGAACGUAACAGUGAAAGACACGGGGCACAUUAAUCAGAACGAGAGCAUUAGACUCGCAGGCGAGCUGAAGCGGUGGAUCGGACGCGGCACAACGCUUAACUGGACGAACAAGGAAGCCAAACCAAAGAGGAGGACUAGUCGGUACUUCGCUGAUAAUAAAGUUACUGGUCUGUUAUUUGGUUCAUACAAGCUUUACAACAAACUGAACCUAGACGGUAACUUCUACGAUAAGCCGCGCCUCCGCCGCAUGAGGCGCGGGAAGGAGCUGGAGUUCGGAACAGCUGUGAUGGAUUACGAAACUCUUUACCCGAAGGUGAAGCCUGACUAUGAUUACGGUGACUUCGGCGAGUGGAACGCAUUGCUGCGCGCGCUACACCGCCGCGACGACACGUUCUACGUGGUCGGCGUGGGCAAGGGAGAGCACCUGCUGUUGCCGGCCGUCUCGCACAACGUCACCACGCCGCCCAAGAUGGCGCUCAUACUGCCCGCUAAGACCGGGAACGAUUCUACAAUGACUGACCACGUAACACUAAUGCAGAUCGAUUGCUCCGUGGUCAACACUACCCUCGUGCAACUAAAGUCCGAAGCCCUACCCAAGAGCAUAAGAGCGAAGAACGACCAGGUAAAACCCGCCGUCUUCCCCUCCAAGCCAAACAAGAAAAAUUUUUACAACAAAAAAAUGCCGGAUAAUGUCGAUAUACUCCACAACAUAAGCAAUAACGUAUCCAACUUCCCAGUAAACCAGAACCGUGAUAAGAAUUUAGAUCUAAGCAAGGACGAUUUCUUCGCCCAAUAUUUAUUAUCAAAAUACGAAGAAACUAAAGGUGAUACAAAACAGGUCAAUAGUAGUAAAACAGAGAAAGAUGAAACACAGAAGACGGGUUCCGUCUGAUAUUUUUUUGAUGAAGGGUCGUAGUGUCAGAAAGCCGUUGUUAACGUGCGGUUAUAGUACUUUUUCAUGAUUUGCGUUGCUACGUGGUGUAAAAUAAGUCUUAUUUGGGCUAGCUAUUAAGGAGUUUUGGUUUUAGACACACUCGUAUUUCUCGGAGUUUAUUGAGUGCAUUCCCAUUUGCACAUUUACACCUUUUUAAAUUUAGUAGUAUCGCUUAGAAAUAUUUGGAAUUAAUGAGACUAUUAAUUAUUAUUACUUGACACUAUGAUAUUGAUAAUCAUAAGAUUUUUCAGUUAGAUAUAAUAUCUAAAUUUUUUUAUCAUGUUGCAAAUGAAAAUUUAAAUCAUCACUUCCUUUCUAUAUAUAUAUAUAUUUAUAUUUUUGUUAAUAGUACCCUAAUUAUUCUAAUUAACAUGUACUAUUAAUAUUUAUUCAGAGAAAAAGGACAUUAAAUAGCUAAAUAAUAGGGCUGCAUAGCUUAGGGUUCACAUGUUUACAAAUAGUCCAAAUCCACAAUACCUAUUUGGUUUUGUACAUUUAGUAGUGUCGCACUUUAUACAUUAAAAAAUGUGUUAAUAAGGCUGUAUAAUUCUUCCUAGGAUACCUUUCUUUCUUUGUUAUAUUAAUAGUUAUAUUGGUUUGUUAAUUAAUAUAAUAUAUACUGCUAUUAGCAUGUUGUGAUCGUUGCAAUAUCUAUUUUUAGUCUUAAAAAUUAUUAUGUUAUUUACGAUUGACUACUAAUUUUUACGGCCACCAAUCUUAAUCUUACGAGUAAUAUGGUGGUUUGAAAUACUUCCAUGGGUCUAUCGUAUUGGGUUUUUAUAUACGUAUAGAAUAUGAUCAAUAUCAGUUUGACACAGGUGUAAAAAUGAAGAAUAUUCAUUGAAUAUUGUUUUUACCGAAUUAAUCAACUUAAGUGUACACUUUAUUAGCGGUUUAGAAGGGGAUACAUUUUAUAUUGUAAUUAUAGUGUACCUACUCGUACAAGACUUACAAACCUAGUUCUUAGGAAAAUCGACAAAGAUUAUUAAAAAAAACAUUUUAGGGUUCACAUAUAGUUAUUAUAAAUAUGAUUAAAUUUAUGAAACAGAGGAUUUCAGGUAGAGCAAUAUCACGGAGGAUAUCAUAAGGUAUACUAAGAAAGUUAACUCGUUCCUUGUUGUAUUGUAAAUUGCGAACCAGGCUAACAAAAACAGUAGAUCAUGCUAGCUUGCUAGCCUUAUUGAACCCGUAAACUUGUAUAAUAGAAUAUAUUACCGAUCUCAUUAUAGUUAUCCAUAUUAUGUUUAAUGUGUAUAAGUUUUUAUGUAUACUGACUAAUUCGAAAUGGCAACUGGUACUUGCAACGUUAGCAUUAGCAGUUAGACAAUAAUUACAUUUGUGUGUGUUGUAGACGUCAAGGGACAUGCAAAUAUGACGUAGGUCGGUCGGACGGUAGACCCCGCGAACCAUAUGCGACGAGUUGCCUAUCUGUCGCACUUGUAAAUUCGUACGUAAGUGUGACAGGGAGGCAACACAUCAAAUGGUUCGCUGUAUGCCAUCUGAGCAAACCGGCUGCGUGUAGCUGUACAGGUACACGUCACGCAAGCGGUGUGCCGUCUUUUAUAUGGAUUUGUAUAUUACAACGCGUACCUGCAAGUGCACGUCUACGCACACGCAUCCGGUUUGCACAGGCCUUUAUAGUGGUGCUGCCACAAUGCCGCAGCCUAAUCGGUGCGAGAUAUCUUAAAAGGAUAAAAGGCGUAAUUUAGAAUAUUUGACCCUUUGAUAUUGGUUAAAUGCAAUAAUGUAAUAGACCGAUAUAGAUUCAGUUUUAAAUCCGCCACGAGCAAAUUAAUUAAUUAAACUCUAAUUAUUAUAGUUUAAUCAACUAUAACUUUUGCAUAUUUUUUUGUUAUUAUAAAUUUGAAAUUGUAAAACAUUUGGAAAUUCACCAUAAUUCAUGGAAAAUUUAUUUGUAUGUUUUGUUCACUUUGUAUUUGCACUUUAUUGUACAUAAUUUCAAUUCGGUUUUUAUUUUUAGGGUUCCGUACCCAAAAGGUAAAACGGGACCCUAUUACUAAGACUUCGCUGUCCGUCCGUCCGUCCGUCCGCUCCCAUACAACAAACGUGAUUAUUGACCAAAGUUAAGCAACGUCGGGCGUGGUCAGUACUUGGAUGGGUGACCGUUUAUUUUUGCAUUUUUUUCCGUUUUUUUUUUCAUCAUGGAACGGAACCCUUCGUGCGCGAGUCCGACUCGCACUUGCCCGGUUUUUUUAUAAAUAUUGUGGUGUAGCUAUGCAUUUUCACUUGUACCUCAUUACGAGCUAUGUUUAUGUUUCACAUACCUAUUGCAUUUAUUUCAACAAGUUUUUGUAUUUUAUGUGCACAAAUUUUAUUUAUGGUUAAUCUUUAACUUUAUUUACGUUAUCAAAAUAUUCUUAUACUUUUAUUUGUUUGUUUGUUUUAUUUAUGAUAAUAUCAUUUAUAAUAAUAUAAUAUUUCCAACAUGUUUUAUAACACCAGCAUUGGGCAAUAAUUAUCUGUGUGGAAUUCGAUAAGUUAUUAAAUAAAUGUAGUAAUUAACAUCUUUAAUUACAACAACAAGAAAUUAUGUACUGCAAGAUUGUAGAUUUAUUAUUACAUUUAAGUGUUAAAGCCAUGUAAAUAUUGUAUUGUCCACAACGAGAGUGAAAUAAAUAUAUCCUUAUCAUACAAUA